AUGGGGCAGACCAUGCGGCAACAGGGUCAAUACCAAGAAGCUUAUGCUGACCAGGCACUGGGAACGACUUUUUCGGGCCCAUCAUCCAGUCAAGCGCACCUGGCUUCUUCGACCGUCUAUCAAGUGCCUGUCAUGAGCGGCCAAUACGAACUCUAUCCUGCGCCUAUGUCAUCGCCCACACGCUCUUUCAAUGGUCUCCGUGGCGUCGAACGCGCUCGUCCAAUCAGGUCACGGUCUCAAUCGAACAGUAGCCCCCAGAAGCACAAGGUCCCUACACUCCCAAGUGUGUACGAUGUCGCCGCCGAAGAAGGGGUACGUCCUCGGGAGCGACCUAUAUGUGCCAGAUACGGAAAGCUGGAAGAACACCUGUCCCUAUGGAUCGACAAGAAGCUUCACGAAGGAGUACAAGUCACGAACUCGAUGAUCCACGACAAGGCACAGGUUCUCAGUAAAAAUCCUGACUAUUACUCUAGCGGCAACAAACUGGGGGUAUCUCACAAGUGGAUGGAGCAAUUCCGCAAGCGCGAUAGGUUUCGCCGCAUGGGCGCUGCCUCUCUGGAAAACUUUGAUCACCGCCUUCC